AUGUCUACUUUUGAAACAACGGAAGAAUUUAAAACGCGUCAACAAAUCGAUCAACCGCUUGAGACACAAUUUAAUGGCUCUACCGAAUUCAUAUUGGUCAGUGAUCAUCAAACAUCCGCCAGACAGACGCGUAACUUUAGCGAUUUCUGUGCUGCUGGUUUGAAGAAUGUCUUUCGGAAAAAGACACUCUACAGACGUUUACCAAUCUUGCAAUGGUUGCCACAUUAUAAUCGCGAAGAUGCUAUUGGUGACUUGAUUGCGGGCAUAACUGUUGGUUUAACAGUUAUACCACAAGGUUUAGCCUACUCCGGUGUUGCUGGUUUGCCAACUCAGUACGGUCUUUAUGGCGCCUUCAUGGGCUGCUUUGUUUAUGUAAUACUCGGCACAUGCAAGGACAGCACCGUCGGCUCGACAGCCAUCGCAUCGCUGAUGGUCUUCCAAUUCGCCAAAGGUGUAUGGCAGCGUGCUGUGCUACUCACCUUUCUAACCGGUCUCAUAGAGUUACUAAUGGCACUAUUCCGGCUUAGUUUCAUAAUUGAAUUCGUAUCGGGACCAGUGAGUGCUGGUUUCACAAGCGCCGUCGCACUAAUCAUAACAACAUCGCAAAUAAAACAUAUUAUCGGCGUAAAGAAUGCCAAAGGCACCACAUUUCUCGAACGUUGGAUUAGUAUGAUCAGUGAUAUUGGCAACGUACGCAUGGCGGACACAAUACUCGGCUGCAGUUGUGUGCUCAUAUUGAUGUUGAUGCGUUCGAUGGGACGUAUCAGAGUGGGUCCCAAGGACAAUCGCAAAUGGUAUCAUGCUAUGGCGACAAGAGUAUUGUGGUUCUUGAGCGUGUCACGUAAUGCAACAUUAGUCAUUUUCUUCGCAGCGGUGAGCAUGUAUAUGAAAGCACAUGAUAUGAACUAUUUCCGACUAACGGGUUAUAUACCUGGUGGCUUGCCAGAGUUCGGACUGCCACCGUUCUCUAUUGAAGCCAAGCCAGGCAAUGAAACCACGGGAGAGCCAGCUGUAGAAGCGGAAACUUUCGUGGAGAUGGUGAAUAAUAUGGGUUAUGGUCUGAUCAUUGUGCCGCUCGUUGCGCUGCUGGAGAAUAUUGCGGCGUGUAAAGCGCUUGCUAAAGGAAAACCCAUCGACACUUCGCAGGAGUUAAUCGCUAUGGGUAUAGCAAAUGUGGCCAAUUCUUUUUUCCAGGGCUAUCGCGCCAAUGGCGGCCUUGCUCGUUCGGCUGUUAAUAAUGCCAGUGGCGUUCGUACGCCUUUGGGAAAUAUGUAUAUUGGUGCUAUUGUUGUGUUUGCUUUACUAUACCUAACCGACUUCUUCUACUACAUUCCCAAGGCGGUCUUGGCUUCCAUCAUUAUUUCGGCGGUGAUCUUUCAAGUGCAAUAUCAAGUAAUCGUGCCGAUGUGGCGAAGCAAGCGCACUGAUUUGAUACCAUACUUUGUGGCUUUUAUUGCUUGUUUGGUGAUGCCACUGGAGCUGGGUAUACUCUCAGCAAUUGGCGUGAAUUUGCUAUUCAUUCUAUAUCACUCCGCACGUCCCAAGGUGCGCUUGGAGACAUUAGAGACCAAAGACGGCUUGAAGUUCUUGAAGCUCACACCGGAUCGUUGUCUCAUCUUUCCCUCUGUUGAAUUUGUACGCAAUAUCGUUUUAAAAUUUGGCAACAAGACCACUCUACCCGUGGUCAUCGACUGCACGUACAUCUACAGCGCCGACUAUACGGCAGCCAAGGUGAUCUCUUCGCUCCUGGAUGAUUUCAAUCAACGCAAACAGAAGCUUAUAUUUUUUAAUUUAAAACCAAAUGUUGCACACAUUUUCGAUGGCUUAAAUGUCAACUUGACAUUAUGCUAUAACACCACUGCUUUAACUCAGGCGCUUAGUGAGAGUGAAGAGGGUGGUGAGAUCAAUUUAGCACUAGAACCUGAUAUAGAGACUGGUGUACGAAUGAGUACUGAAUCAUUGAACUCGGCGAGCACUGUUGACGUUUCACUUAACGUCAGUACUGAUAAGAUAACGAAGUUGUAGAUAUUAUAAAAAACGUUUUUUCGGGGUAUACGUAUAAGCUAUUAUUUAGUUAUAAGUAUAUAUACAAGUACUGAUCUGGAAAAACUUUUUCUAUGGUCGAAUAUAAUAAUAAUAAUAU